UCUUCCACCUCCACGUGGAGACAUCGCAGUCCCUACGCCGCAGUACACCCCUUGACCUUAAUCUAGGAUUCAGUUUAAUCAUCACAAUCAAUCUCUCUUUUGACUUACCCAAAUCUCAAGGACUUUUUAGACAAAUCUAGUAGCAGCCUUACACUCACUCUCAUACUCAGAGACUCAAAUGCAGUGGUGAUGCUGAUGAAGCUUUCGCCUUGUUCCUGGUUUUGCUAUGUGAAUUAGACAAGGUAAAUCCUCUCAAAGUCUUCAACUUUUUAUCUUCAAUCCUUAGAUCUUGCAAAACCCAGUUUUUAUUAGUUUCAGGAUCUGAAAAUAAACAACCCCAAAUCAUAAAAAUCAAAUCUUUAUCGUUUUGGCUAUCUGGGUGUCUCUAUUUUCUGCUGUAUAUUAGAUUUAAGUGCCUGUAGUCUAAGCUUUAGGUCCCAAACAAUGUUGGGUCGGUCCACAUUUUCCAGACCAGGAAAUUUCCGGCCUGAGAAUCUUGGCCCCAAUGCCGUAGCUUUGAUCAGAAACCUUGGCUUUGCGUUUUUCGUAUUUUGUGUGCUAAUCUUCACCAUAAUUGCUGCCACUUAUGAACCUGAGGACCCUUUGUUUCACCCCUCAACCAAGAUCAGUAAUUUCCUCACAUCCACAUCCAAUGCCACUUUCAAAUCUGACACCACUGAAGCCAAGACUGGGGAGAAUUUCCUGGCUCCAAAUCAGACAGAGGUUGCUAGCUUUAUCAAUGCCACUGAUGUAGUUAAGUUGAUGUCUGAAGUAGCUGUGGCCGGGGAAGGAGAGAAUGUAGAGGCUGAGGGGGCUGCUGCUUCGGCUUGCGAGGGUCCCAUUGAUUGCAGAGACCCUGAGGUGUUCCAUUUGAUGAUGACUGCGGCGAUAGAGAAGUUUAAGGAUAUACAUUUUUAUAGAUUUGGGAAAGGAGUGAGGGGUGAGAGUGAUACCACUUGUGAUAUGGCUUGGAGGUAUAGGCCUAAGGAAGGGAAGACGGCUUCGUUUUACAAGGACUAUAGGAGGUUUACUAUUUCGAGGACUAAUUGUACUCUGAGUGUGGCUGAUAUUGGGGAGUACCAUACGGGAGUGAAUGCUAGGAAGAAGAAGAGGAAACCCGGGUUUCAGAAGCCGGGUGGGAAGCAAGAUGAGGGUAGUGUAUUCCCGGUUUAUGGGGAACCCGUAAAUGAUAAGCUGCCGGUGAUUGAGUCUGAGGGUUCAUUUCGCGGUGGUAAGUACUUGGUUUAUGUGGGUGGUGGAGACAGGUGCAAGAGCAUGAACCAUUUCUUGUGGAGCUUUUUGUGUGCUUUGGGAGAGGCUCAGUACCUGAACCGGACUUUGGUCAUGGAUUUGAGUAUUUGUCUCUCGUCGAUUUACACUUCAUCAAAUCAAGACGAGGAAGGGAAGGAUUUCAGGUUUUACUUUGAUUUUGAGCAUUUAAGUGAGUCGGCAUCGGUCUUGGACCAAAAACAGUUUUGGGUCGAUUGGGAUAAAUGGCAGAAGAAAGAUGGGUUGCGUCUUCAUGUUGUGGAAAAUUUCCAGGUCACACCUAUGAAACUUCAUGACGUGAAGGAUACUUUGAUUAUGAGGAAGUUUGGCUCUGUGGAACCAGACAAUUAUUGGUAUAGGGUGUGUGAAGGGGAGACAGAAUCUGUCGUUCAACGACCAUGGCAUUUGAUUUGGAAGUCGAAAAGGUUGAUGGAUAUAGUGUCUGCAAUUGCGUCAAGAUUGAACUGGGAUUAUGACUCUGUGCAUAUUGAGAGAGGAGAGAAGGCACAGAAUAAGGAGCUUUGGCCUAACCUUGCUCAAGAUACUUCACCUGAUUCACUUCUCUCUACCCUGGGGAACAAAGUUGAAGAUGGGAGGAACCUCUACAUUGCAACAAAUGAACCCGAUACAUCUUUCUUUGAUCCUCUGAAAGACAAGUAUACCACUCAUUUUCUUGAUGAGUACAAGGAUCUUUGGGAUGAGAAAAGCGAGUGGUAUUCUGAGACCACCAAGCUUAACAAUAAAGUUCCAGUUGAGUUUGAUGGUUACAUGAGGGUGUCAGUUGAUACAGAAGUGUUCUUGAGAGGGAAAAGGCAGAUUGAAACUUUCAAUGAUCUCACGAAUGAUUGCAAGGAUGGUAUCAACACUUGCAACACUGCCGCUAGCUAAUCCCUAUACGUGUUCUGAAACUGUCAUUUGCUGCAUUGCAAAUAUCCACGCCUCCACGGUCUUUCUCUUUAGUUAUUUCCUUUCAUUUGAGAAAUUGUACGCCUUAAUUUUAAUUUAUAGUUCUAGCAUUAAGUAUACAUUUUCAUGAGUUUUGUACUUGUAGAAAGAAACUAUCAAUAUUUCUUUCCUUCAAAUUUUUAACCUCAAGUGGACUUUUGGUUUGUUUGAUGUCAGUCUCUUCAAUCAUGUACUUGCCCUUUUAACGUGGAUUUGGCUUCCCAGAAGCAUUUCAUGA